UAUGACUCACUUUCCAGAAGUCAAAGAUGGCAAGUGCGUCUUUCCAUUCCAGUACAAAGGUGGGAUAUUCUAUGACUGCAUCAAGUUCAAGGCAAAACACAAGUGGUGCUCCCUAACUAAGACAUACCAAGGACGUUGGAAGUAUUGCUCUGAAGAAGACUUUGCAAAAUGCGUGUUUCCCUUCUGGUACAGACGCCUUAUCUACCGCGAAUGCACUGAAGAUGGGGACGCGUUUGGGAGAAAAUGGUGCUCGCUGACCCAGAAUUAUAACAAGGACAAGGUCUGGAAAUAUUGUGACUGAUGGCGACAUUUUCUGGGAGGGGCAUGAGGAGGGUCUAAUCGUUCCCAGGGGAAAUAAAUGUCCAGUUUCUUUUGUGAAAGGAGGAGAUAGGACUCUCCUUAAAAACGUUUUUUGUUUUUGUUCUUGUGUUUUUUUUUUUUUUUCUGAGCUAUGAUCUGGCUGUAAAUAGCUCGGGGUUUUGGUCGUGGAUUAUGGAUGAUGGG